AUGCUGCAAACAGCAACAAUUCAAUCAAGAUUAUUGAAUGCCAAACCAUUAGGUCAACAACCAAUUACACCACAUCAUUAUUAUCAGCAACAACAUCAGCACACAUCAAAAUUUAAUAAUAAUCGUAUGAAUGAAAAACAAAUUCAACAUCCAACUAUCAGAUCAAGUCGACUAUCCUAUCCAGAAACAAAAAUGCACCGAUCAGAAAGAACAAUGGCUGUUUUAAAUGUGGACAAUCAAAUCAUCGAAUACGUGAUUGUCCUGAACAACAUUUUUUCGAAUAAGGGGGUCGGAAGAUGGCGACGAUCCCUGUGGAGAAAAAACGUCAUCACCAACAACACAUUUAAUCCUAUUUUCGUUAAAAUUUUAUGCAAUAAUACUCCACAAGUAGCACUUAUCGAUACUGGAUCGGCCAUCACUAUUAUACAUGAAAAUCUAUUAAACAUCAUUCCAUACAAAACAUUAAUAAGAAAAACAAUACAACAUCUAUCAGCAAACUGUUCAACAUUAAAUAUUAUUGGUGAAUUACAAUUAGAAAUCAACAUCAAUGGAUUAAAAACAAAAGUUACUGCUGAUGUAGCAACAAAUCUAGUUACAGACUUAAUAUUAGGAAAUGAUUGGAUUCAACCCAAUAAUGUUUAUAUUUUAACACCAGAAAAAAGAAAUAUGAUCAGAAGGCAAGGUAAAGAAGUAUCAACCCCGUUUGUAAACCCAACACUUUUGAAUUACCCAGUUACUCUCGUUAGUCAAAUUACUCUUCUUCCUUUUUCAGAAUAUCUUGUAGAAGCAAGAAUUCAACAAAACAAAAUGAUGGAUGUACUAUUUGAACCAAGUCCUCGAUUAAAAAACAAAGCAUUAUUUUUGGCAAAUGCAUUAUGCAAUAUUGAAAAUAGAAGAAUGAAAAUCAAUAUAAUCAAUGCAACGAAUCGACAACAAACACUUUCCAGAGGAACAAAAUUAGGCAUAGCGACACAAAUAUCUGCUACAAUCGGCGUUACCGUAUCAUCAGAUAAUUUAAAAGAACGCAUUCCAAACGGAAAAGCGUGUACGGGGCCCAUUCCGAAAGGGAAAGGAGCGAUUACAUUGAACGAGGUUAACACCGAAAAUAAUUCGAUUACAGCAUUACAUAAGAAACAACAUCAAUGUCGUGAGUGUCAUCAAAAUUUCGAAACGAAUAAUGAUUUGUUUAAACAUCUCAGAAACAAAUGUUAUCCAGAAGAGAUAAGACAGCAAAUCAAUAAAUUAAUCGAACAUAUUAGAGAUGAAAAACAACGAGAACAAAUUUUAAAAAUACUAUGGAAAUAUGGAAAAUUAUUUGACAUCAGUGAACCAUCAAAAAUUGAUAUAACAUUAAAAAAUGCUAUCGACACAGGUACACAUCGUCCAAUUCAUACUCCACCAUAUAGAAAGUCCAACAAGGAUCAAGAAACAUUAAACAAAGAAACAGAUAAAUUGUUAAAAAAUGGUAUUAUUGAACAUUCGACAUCUCCGUGGUCAUCACCAGUCGUAUUAGUAAAAAAGAAAGAUGGAACAACAAGAUUUUGUGUAGAUUAUCGUCGUUUAAAUCAAAUUACAACAAAAGAUGCAUUUCCUCUACCAAGAAUUGAUGAUAUUUAUGAUCAGUUAACAAAAGCAACACACUUUACUAAAUUUGAUUUCAAAUCAGGAUACUUUCAAGUACCAUUAGAUAAAGCGGAUCGACCGAAAACAGCAUUCUCCACUCGGGAUGGACAUUUUCAAUUCAAGGUAUUACCACAAGGACUUACAAAUGGACCACCAACUUUUCAACGUAUUGUUAAUCAAAUAUUAGGUCCAAACCGAUGGAAACAUGUACUUGCCUACAUCGAUGAUAUUAUUAUUUAUUCAACAAAUUUUAGUGAACACAUACGACAUAUUGAAGAAGUAUCUCGAACGGAAAUAUUAUUUCUUGGUCAUGUAAUCAAAGCAGGUACUAUUAAACCAGAUCCAGACAACAUUCGUGGUCUAACAGAAACACGUGAACCAACAUCAGCUGAAGAAGCUUUCAGAUUCGUCAAAGCAGCAGAAUAUUAUCGAAAAUUCAUCCCAAAAUUCUCAACAAUCGCUGCACCUGAUCUCAUUCUAGGUUUACCAGAUGAUGCAUUGCCAUUCAAAUUACAAACAGAUGCCUGCGUGGACGGCAUUGGAGCCGUACUACUACAAGUUACUCCCGAUGGAGAUCGACCAUUAGCAUUUAUGUCUAAGAAAUUAACAAAAACUCAAACCAAUUGGCCAACAAUUGAACAAGAAUGUUUUGCAAUAGUACAAGCAGUGGAAAAAUGGGACAAAUAUCUACGUGGAUGUGAAUUUAAAUUAGAAACUGAUCAUGAACCAUUGGUAAAUUUUUCAAAUAAAGAACAAUUAAAUAAACGAUGCAACCGGUGGCGAUUAAAACUUGCUGAAUACAGAAUACACGUCAAACAUAUUCAAGGGAAGAAAAACAAUAUGACAGAUUAUUUCUCAAGAUCACCAGUUGAAGCAGCUGAAGAAGAUAUUGACGAAAGAAUUCAAUAUGAGUCAAAAUUCACACAAACAGAUUUACCAUUACCACCAUUAGACAAGUUAAGUCCAUUAAAAAUAACAACAGCAAUUACUCGAGCUCAAGCCAAAUUACAACAACAAACAACGAUAGCACCAUCCAACACAACAACCAAUGGAAAAAUAAAUGAGCACAUUCCACAAGGGAAAGCAGUGAUUGAUAAAGAAUCAAUCUCGGACCCACUGGACGAAAAUCCAAAUAAAAUUAUUCCAUUCGACAUGAACGAUUUAAAACAAUGGCAAGAGGAAGACAAGACAGUACAAGACAUAAAAAAGAAUAUUCGAAGUAAGAAAAAUUAUUUUAUUGAAAGUGGUAUACUAUUUAGAAAACAACAAAUGCCACUUCCAUCAGUACCAUUUGUUCCAGCCGGACGAAUACGUGCUGAUAUAUUGAAAAUUUAUCACGACACACCCGGUAAUGGAGCUCACUUUGGACGUGAUAAAACAACAAGAAAAAUUCAAGAACGUUAUUAUUGGCCAACAAUGAUAACUGAUAUUAGAAAUCAUUUAAACUCAUGUUUGCCAUGUGCACAAAACAAUCAUCGCCGUCAAAAAUUACCAGGAGCAUUGAGACCAAUAAAACCACCAGAAGGAAUUUGGAAAUUUUUAAGUAUGGAUUUUCAUGGACCAAUAGCUCCAACAUCCAAACAAGGAAAUAGAUAUAUUAUAUCGCUGACAGACAUAUUAUCAAAAUUUGUAAUUACAAAAGCUGUUCGGGAUUGUUCAGCAACAACGGCUGUAAAAUUUCUUAUCAAUGAUGCCAUAUUAAAAUAUGGAACUGCAACAUGUAUUUUAACUGAUAAUGGUACUCAUUUUACUGCUCAAAUUAUGAACAAUUUAUUUCAACACCUUGGGGUCACUCAUUUAUAUUCUACAGUAUAUCAUCCCCAAACAAAUGGACAAAUCGAAUGA